ACCACGGAAACGGCGACACCGGUGCUCGCCUCCGCGUCCAUCGCCCUUCGGUUCGCCGCGGCUCGAUUCACUGCAGGGAGGCUGUCAUGCCGUCAGAAUUUGGCAAAUUGCGGUCCUGCGAGCCGAUCAUCUGCUUGCGGUGCCUGUUUUGAUCAUUUUCUCUCGCCGUUUAUCCAUCCCUCCGCCUCCAAUGCCAUCUUCCAGGCCUGUUCGUACACUUGCCGCCAAAAUUCGAACGGCUCGCCACCUCACGAGCGAAUUCGCAAACGCUCGCUCGACCGCAGCGCCAUCUCGCCGCCCUUGAAACAGACUCGCAAUUUUCUGCACGCAUUGCUCGCAUCAUGGAGUCUGGGAAAGUAAAUUUCCUCAUUAAAACGAUGGUCGAACGAGACCCGCAGAAGAGGAAAGUCAAGCCAGUGCAAAAUCCUUUGUUGGACUUUGACUUAGGAGAGAGUUCUGACGACUCCGACUUCCGGAUUGAAGACCAUAAUGACUCGGGAGACGAUUCGAUUAAUUCUAAUGAUGAUGAAAGUGAUGGAAAUGAAUCUGACGACGAGAAUGGCUCUGACGAUAAAGAUGAAGUUGAUAUUGGAUUUGAUGGCAAAAAGGCUGACGAUUCCAUCUCCGGAGCUCAACUUCUGGCCAAGGCAGAGCAGCAUAAAGGACCCGCUGUGGAUUAUAGCAAAAUUAUGGUGUGCUGUGCUUGCUUAGGGGACAGAAGUGAUUCUGUGAAUGAAAUAGUCGAGUGUGACAGCUGCGGCGUCAUGGUUCAUGAAGCCUGCUACGGAGUGUCCGACACAUGUAGUGUAUCAAGUACUGCCUCUUCGUGUUCCACCGAGCCAUGGUUUUGCGAGGCUUGCAAGGCAGGAGUUACCGACCCGUGCUGUGAGCUUUGCCCCAACAAAGGUGGAAUAUUUAAGGAGACAGACGUUGGGAAGUGGGUGCAUUUAGUUUGCGGGUUGUAUGUGCCGGGAGUGGCAUUCGGCGAGGUGGACAAACUGUCAAAUGUGACUUUGUUUGAAAUGGCUUACAACAAAUGGGGCGCCAAGCCUUGCACAUUGUGUCCUGAUGAGCGAUUUGUGCGCACUGGAAUCACCAUUGGUUGCGACGCUGGAAUGUGUCGGGAAACCUUCCAUGUUACCUGUGCUCAGCGAGAGGGUCUCCUGGCUGAAGCUCACAGUGAUGAGUUUGAACACGCCGAUCCCUUUUACGCACACUGCAAGCAACACACAGACAAAUUCUUGAAAAGAAAAAGGAGACGAAAUUGGCUCGCAGUGCAAAUGCGUAUGAGACAACGACACUUGGAGCUUGAGAGCCAGACUGAAGAAACUGCAGAACAAAGGCGGAUCAAACGCAAACUGCUCGGCCACAGCCACAAGUACAAAGCACACAAGAAAACUAGACCUCAGCCUUGGAUGCCAACUCAGAAGAUGAGCAGACUCAUUACCACAAGUUUCUCGGCUUGUAUUUCGCUGUUAAGGAAAAGUGAAAUUAUGGGCAUCAAUGUUGAGGCAAUGGAGACGGAAGAUGCUCAGAUUGCCUCCAUCAUUGACGCUAGGAAAAAGUGGCACAUUCCUCCAGCCUUCACGGUGGAGUAUGUGGCAUACUAUUUGGAUAGGAAUGCUCGAAUGACAAGCCUGAGGAGUCAACUUCAAGAACUGCUCAAGACAAAUAGCCAAUACUCGGAGCAAGAGAAGGAAGUGCAAGCCAAAUACAACAAAUUUGACGAAGAUCGCCAAAGCAUGAUAAAGAGUAAUGAGCAGCUGCUGGGCAACAUCAGAGCGCUGCGCCAAGCGAUUCUGAGCGUGUGCCCUAGCAAAAAACUACCUCCUGAUCCCUCCACACUGCUAGCUCAGCCUCAGGUUGUGUUGUCGCCAAUACGUAAGGAGAAUGCAACAAAACACAAAACAAUUGCCGCAGUCGCCUCUCAGUCAUUCACUCAGUCCGCUUCUCAAUCUGCCUCUGUGACUCUUCACGAUUGUGGUGCGUGUCGCUCAACGAAGGAUCAACACUUGCUGGCCAAAUGUGAUACCUGCAAGAAGCACUACCACCUUGGCUGCCUCAACCCACCUCUCACGAGAAUGCCAAAGAAGACCAAGCUCAUGGGCUGGCAAUGUACUGAUUGUGAUAAAUUAAGCUCAGGGUCAGAACCCGAGUGUCUUGAUCCAGAAGCUCCUCGGAAACUCCGUCGUAGUCAAGGGACUCCCAAAAAGGACGGAAAUGUGAAACGGCCAAGAAAGAAAAAAGUUGCAGCCGUAAUUGACCCUUCAGCGCCGUCAUCGGCGCCCGUCCCGAAAGUGAAGAAACUUGGCAAGAAGCGAAAAAUGAAGGUCCACAAGCAUCGGGAGCACGGAGGAAAGCAGCGGAAAGUGGCUGCUCCUGCUCUGGAGAAUCAAAACCACCAAGCAGAAACCGAGUCAAUUUUUGGUCCUCCUGUUCCUGUUUUCAACAACGCCCCGAUCAAUGAAAAUACAUGCAAUGAUCUUGUCAAGCACGAAGGAGAAGAUCAAAAACUCCCAAAUGAGCACGAAGAGAAACAGCCAAAGCACCACAAAGAGCACAGCGGGAAGCACAAGAGGAAUCACGGGGACAAACAGAAGCAGCGCAAGGACAAGGAGGACAAGCCAAAGAAAAAGCACAGGAAGAAGAAGCACCUGGCCGAAGGUGGAGAGGAUCAGCCGAGAAUAAAAAUUACCAUAAAACCUAUCAUGCCUGGUCAAUACACUGCCCAGUUGAUGUCUACCCAGUUCGAGUCAACCUCGGACCCAAAGGUCGGGUCCGAAAACCACACAACCUGCAGAAGAAACAGCAUCAAGCCAGAGCAGGACCUUCUCACUCAGUGCGACAAAUGCAGCGACACAGGAAGCAACAACGACCUGGUUAGGUGUGACGAGUGCAGAAAGUGUUUCCACUUUUGCUGCCUCGAACCGCCUCUCAAAAAAUCCCCCAAAAGAAGGGGCUAUUCCUGGCACUGUGCCGAUUGUGACCCCACGGACCUGGAAAAUUGACACAAAGCCUAGUCCGCUGUUAUUUCCGUGUCUAUUGAUAAUGUGAAGCAGGUACUCUCCUGGCUAAUGAUUGUUCAGUAUUUUCGCUAAGCUAAAACUGAAAGUGGUGUUCUAUCAAAGUUAACUGGAAUUACAUUUUUUAAAGGAUAUCAAUUUUUUUUCUAUAGUGGCAAAUUUUAAAUUUGGACCGAUGUUUGUUAAUGACGUGAUAACUGUCAGCUAAGAAAAAUUCCCAAUUGUGGAAAUUUUGUGUCAAAACGCUGUAAAUUCUUUUGAAACAUUACGGAAGUCUAGUGUUCUUACUCUUCCAAGUUCUUUUAUUUUCCGUGAGACGAAGCGUACUUUGAAAAUUUUCUUCAUUCCACCCUCAGUUGGAAAAUAUAUCUUUUGAGAUCUGUGCAUUAUAAUACCAUUAUUAGAUCUGUACAUAUUGUAAGUACCAACAUUGUACUUUACUUUUGAUUGCAUUUUUGUAUCUCUGUCCAUUCUCAUUGAAUAAGACUUACAGUAAGA